GAUCGAAGCGGAAACGAAGGGGGAAAAAACGGAUCGAAAAGAGUCGGGAAAAAUCGCGAGAAAAUACCCCGAAAUUCCCCAUUACCCUCUCGGACUCCUCUCCUCGAUCCCUCUACGCCCACGACCCGAUGACGCUUCCUCUUCCUCUCCCCAUGGCGAGGCGUUUUUGAGGCUUAAUCAGGGGUGGGUUUGGUGAAAAAGUUUGAGAAUUUUCGAUCUGUCGGUGGUUUGUUGGGAGAAGACAUGUCCGGGCAUCUCGAUCGUUUAGCUAGGCCAUGUUUUGAGGGGAUCUCAUCUAGUGGUGAUGAGAGGAAAGACUGCAAAUCGGAUAAUGAUAUCUCAGAAAAUGAUAAGAGGACCAGAAUGGGCUCCUUGAAGAAAAAGGCGAUGAAAUUCCGGCGCUCUUUGAGGAGAAAGAGUAAGAAGGGUGAUAAUAGAGUAGUGUCGAUUGAGGAUAUAAGGGAUGUUGAGGAGCUACAGGCUGUUGAUGCAUUUCGUCAGGCACUAAUUGCAGAUGACUUGCUGCCUCCGAGGCAUGAUGAUUACCAUAUGAUGUUAAGAUUUUUGAAAGCACGAAAAUUUGAUAUCGGAAAGGCAAAGCAUAUGUGGGCAGAAAUGCUUCAGUGGAGAAAGGAAUUCGGCACGGAUACUAUUAUAGAGGACUUCGAGUAUACAGAGCAAGAAGAAGUUCUGCAGUACUAUCCACAAGGUUAUCAUGGUGUGGAUAAGGAGGGGAGGCCGGUUUAUAUAGAAAGGUUGGGAAAGAUAGACCCCAACAAGCUAAUGCAAGUAACAACCAUAGAUCGAUAUGUAAAAUAUCAUGUCAAGGAGUUCGAGAGGUGCUUCCAGAUUAAGUUUCCAGCUUGCUCGAUUGCUGCAAAGAAGCACAUAGACUCAUCUACGACUAUACUCGACGUUCAAGGCGUGGGGAUGAAGAACUUCAGUAAACCUGCAAGGGAUCUAAUUAUGCGGUUGCAAAAGAUUGACAAUGACAAUUAUCCAGAGACAUUGCACAGAAUGUACGUUGUUAAUGCUGGUCCAGGUUUCAAGAUGUUAUGGAACACAGUGAAAUCUUUUCUUGAUCCCAAAACUGCUUCGAAGAUUCAGGUUCUUGGUGCCAAGUUCCAAAGUAAGCUGCUUGAAAUAAUCGAUUCAAGCGAAUUGCCUGAUUUUCUUGGUGGUUCUUGUACAUGCACUGAAUAUGGAGGCUGCCUUAAAUCUGAUCGUGGUCCAUGGAAGGAUCCUAACAUACUGAAGAUGGUCCUCAACGGUGAAGCAAACUACGCAAGGCAAAUUGUUACCAUUUCCAAUAGUGAGGGGAAGAUCAUCGCUUAUGCUAAGCCGCAGUAUCCCACUAUAAAAGGAAGUGAUACCUCUGCUGAUUCUGGGUCAGAAGCUGAAGAAGUUAUCUCACCAGUAGCAGUGAGGCCUUGCAAUUUAAACCCUCAGUUGACCCCAGUCCAUGAAGAGGCAAAACUGAUGGGUGCUGUUUGCAGAGCUAGUUCCUCUGCAAUAUUAGAAGAAUCUGUUCCUGUAAUUGACAAGGUCAUAGAUGAAGGGUGGAGCAGUGAAGGUGCUAGUCCAAAAUGCUCUACGUCAAAAGGUGCAGUUGCUUUAUUCAAUCUAGCUAAGUAUCCCGAAGGGGUUCGAGUUCGAAUUUUUACGGCCAUUACCAUAUUUAUCAUGAGCCUUGUGACGGUGCUUCGUUCUGUUACCAAUAAAGUGACUAAGAGACUAACGGACGAACAUUUUGAGAGUGAUUCUCUCUAUGGGGAAUUUCCUCAAGAAUCUCAGCCUAAGGAGGAGUUCCGUCCUCCAUCACCUUCUCCUGGAUAUACAGAGAAAGACCUCCUCUCAUCAGUUCUUAGAAGGCUUGGAGAGCUGGAAGAAAAGGUUAACAUGCUUGAGUCUAAACCUUCUGAGAUGCCUUCUGAAAAAGAAGAGUUGCUCGAGGCUUCUGUCCGCCGUGUUGAUGCAUUAGAAGCUGAGCUUAUUUCUACGAAGAAGGCCCUGCAUGAAGCUCUGAUGAGGCAAGAGGAACUACUUGCGUACAUUGAUUGGCAAAAGGAGGCAAAGUUCCGGAAGAAGAAAUUUUGCUUCUGAAGAAUUGGUUUGCAUGAUCUCUAUUGCCCUCCGUGCUUGGUUGGUAAUGUAACUACAUUUUAUAAUGUGUGUAUAGGUUUUAAAGUAUAUGUAUAAUGAUAGUGAUUCGGGGAGAAUCACUUGUGUCUAUAUAAAAUGUAUGAUCGAGAUGUCUCUUCUUUUGAGGGAAAGAGAGAGUCCCAAAAAUCACCUGUGAACUUUGCCCAAUUUAUAAUUCACCACCUGAAUUUUCAAAUGUUGAACUUUGCUACCUGAACAAUAAUUCCUUCGAAAUCCACAACAAAACCCUCAUUUCUGUUAAUUUGAUCAAAUCUCUCCUGGUUAUGUGAUUGUGUGCGACUCAGAAUUUUGAGCGAAAUUAUCAGUUCGACGGAGUCGGGAGCUUUGUAGUGUUUUGCAAGAGAAUCAUUUUUUUAGGUGGUAGAUUGCAUUUGUUUGAAGUUCAGGUGAUGAAUUAUACAAAUUGGCUGAGUUUUAGUUGGUUCUGGGGCUUUUUCCUCUCUUCUUUUCUUUCAUCUUUAUAGUUUGAUACUGUAGAGAGUAAUACAUCGAAUGAGAUAAUGAGGACAUAAGAGAAACACAACUGUGUUAUGCUGUAUUUAAGGCCCAUGCUUGUAAUGAAAAUAUAUGAACCACAAAUAUAUGUAGUAAUAAUUUCCUUCAUGUUUGAAGAAUCAUUCUUUAGAUGUUA